AUGGCACGACCCUCGAGGUUCAAAGAACAUCUCUCAGAGACGGAUCUGCCCGGAGACCGUUCCAAGGAGUCUGCAAAAUCCUCCAGCAAGACAACUCGCCGUGCUUUCGAUAACAUUCUCGGAAACAAGCAUCAUCUCCUCCCUAGUACUCCCAGGGCCAAACCUCGUUUCAGGAAAAGACUCAAAGACCUAUCAUCACGGAUGAGAUCCAUGGGCAACAGGUCCAUCAGGUCCAUCCGCCGGUGGAAAUCGUCCACCAAGAAACACAUUCAGACACACAUCUCUGAAAAGUGCAAUAACCUGCAUAUCCGGCUCCCGAAAUCUAGCAGCUUUCCCUCCUUCGACAAGCUAAAAUCGGAGAGGCGGCGAGCUGACGUUGGAAACACCCUUACUGCCUAUAUCUCUGAAAAACACGACGGCUCUCGGACGUCUUCCACUGUCGACAAGACCAAGUCACGACUUCAUAACGUUCCCUCGCACAGAAAUCGACUGUCUAGAUCAUCGUCCAUGUCGAGUUUGAAGAAAAACACUACCACCAAGCCGAAAGACUCUAAGCAUCGCAAAUCUAACAACGACCGAACCUCCAUCGUCAUCAGCAAGACCAAGUCUCCAUCGACCCUGCUGUCCUUUUACAAACGACGUCAGCGGGCAUAUCUAUCGAAAUCGAAAACCACCACCACUACCACAACCACCACCAAGUCCAAAAACGCUAAACAUCGCAAAUCCAACGGCUCAAACACGAAAAAAGAAACUACCACAGACCCCGACGUCGAGUUCCUCCAACUCUACAUCGAACUCCUCGUGAUGCGCAACUUCCCACUCUCACGGUGGGAGAUUGGAUGCAAAGUCCCGCCCUACGAGAAGGGUCCUCCGCUGGCGCCUAUCCCUGAGAUGGAGAGCGUUACUACUUCGUUCGUUCUCACAACUGAUGGAUCCGACGACGGAAAACAUCAACCUAAUACUACGACUUCUACGACGACUUCUACGAUCCGCACUGCAGCAAAACAUAGCAGGAAUUUCCAAAGGACGAAGUUUCCUAGACGGUGGAAGUGGACGAGGUAG